CCCAUACUCGACACGCAGCUUAAUGAGUCACUGAUGUUAGAUGGUUUUGACUUCAUUUAACCAAAAUCGCUCUGAAUCGAUUUAAAAACCAUCACCUGGCGGAUGGACGUUUUUAUUUUGCACCAGUCCGUCGCCACCUCGUCACGCCAUCUUCCUUCAACUUUAUUGGAAAGCAUUCCUACACGACCAUCCAUCCAUUCGUACAUACAGAAAUAUGGCCUUUGUUAAAAUCGUUCUUUGGUCAUGUCUGGGAGCUGUCCUCGGCUACUUUGCCAUCCAAGAGUUCACAGUGGUCACCGAAAGCUUUUUAAUACAGAAGCUUAUACCUGCUAAGAGGAAGGAUGUUUUCGACCUGCUGAUCAAUCCAGAUUAUAUCUUAAAGUUUCACCCCUUGUGUGUUGGUAUCACCAAUGUUACAACAUCAAAUGGAAGGGAUGGAAUGAAAACUGUUCAGUUUGUUGUUACUGAUAAAACAGCCAUUUCAUUAGGGUUUUUUGAAAUCAACCAAAACAUCACUUUUCCUGUGAAUGAGACAGUCAUAGAGGAAAAUGCAAUCAUUGAGAACAGAGCCUUACUGAUGGGUGGUUAUUUCACACUAAAACAGAGGUGGAAGAUGGCUGAUUAUACCAGUGGAAGUGGAGAUAAAAUUAGUUCAUUAGAGGAUCAUUUUCAGGUUACCUCCUUUCGUAUUUUGUUACGAUAUUCCAUGAAGGUAGCAUUUGGAGCAUUCCAUGGUUUGCUUGAACACUUUCUUAUUUCACAAAUAUUUGAGAACCAACCUGCAUGA